AUGUCAGUCUUGUUAGAAACCACCGUCGGUGACAUCGUCAUUGAUCUGCUCAUCGAUCACUCUCCCAAGCUGUGCGAAAACUUCUUGAAGCUGUGCAAAGUCAAAUACUACAACUUCUCUCCCAUCCACUCCGUCCAAAAGAACUUCUCCUUCCAGACCGGCGAUCCUCUUGGGCCUCUCGCCAAACAAUCAGAUGGAGGCUGCUCAAUAUGGGGGCACCUGUCGGGCGAUCCGUCAAAGCGCACAUUCACAGCCCCCUUUCAUCCCAAACUGAAGCAUCUAGAACGAGGCACUUUCAUCAUCACUCUGGGCGAAGAGACGGAUUUCCUCGACAGCAAGGCUGCCAUUUUUGGCAAGGUUGUGGAGGGCUUUGACUCCUUGGAAAAGAUUAAUGAGGCCAUGGUCGACGACAAGGGAUACCCGUUUGUCGAUAUCCGAAUCAAACACACAGUCAUCUUGGAUGAUCCUUACCCUGAUCCUCCGGGCCUGAGAGAACCCAGCUCCAGCCCUCCACCUUCAGACGAACAACUACGGACGGUACGAAUCGCCAACGAAGAAGAACUGCACGAGAACGAUGAUGCUUUGACACUCGAGCUUAUGGGCGACCUCCCCUUUGCCGAGGUGAAGCCACCGGAAAACGUCUUGUUCGUCUGCAAACUGAACCCCGUCACGCAAGACGAAGACUUGGAGCUCAUCUUUGGCCGAUUUGGCAAGAUUCUGAGCUGCGAGGUGAUUCGAGACCAGAAGACGGGCGACAGCUUACAGUACGCCUUUAUCGAAUACGAAGAUAAAGCAUCGUGCGAAGUGGCAUAUACCAAAAUGCAAGACGUCCUCAUCGACGACCGGCGAAUCCACGUCGACUUUUCACAGAGUGUCAGCAAGCUCAGCGACGUGUGGAGGCAAGACACGAAUAACAAACGGAGGGCAAGGUACCGAGAAGAGGACGAGAGGAGCUCUGGGAAGAAUUACAACAUGGUGUACAGCAAGGAGGAGAUGAAGGGGAGACAUGAUCGAGGCUCCAACGGCCGGAGAAACGAUGAUGAACCCGACCGAAGGAAUGACGACAGAUCGAGAUCGAGACAAUGGGCGCCAGAACCGAAACCGAAGUAG